AUGCCGGUUGAUGAGUUGAUGGAGCUGGGUCAGGUGGAGGAUCACCAGCGAGUAAGAUUGGUUGGUGGCAUUGGGAUCUUUUGUGAUCCCAACACCUUCCCAUCCCCCCAAGACAUGUCAGGUCUACCAUCCAAUGUUGGAGUGGUAAUCGGACUGCACCCAAAACACUCUACUAUGAGCAAUGACCGCAUUAACAAUGCUCUAGAUCGCGUCCGCAAUAUGCUCAAGUGUGAAAGGGUAGUUGGUCUUGGUGAAAUUGGUCUGGAUCACUCAGUACCUGAUAAACAGUGGCCACACCAGAAUGAUUUAGUGCGUGCAAUGUUGCACUUGAUCAAUGAUCGCCAUGUGGUGGUCGUUAACUGUCGUGGGGCAUCUAGUGACAGUGGAGUUGAGGCCUAUCUUCUGCUUCUGCACCUUCUGAGUCCCAUUUCAAGGACACAGAGAUUUCAUGUCCAUUGUUUCACGGGCGACACAUAUGUCUUAACAAAGUGGCUUGCAACCUUCCCGAACACUUUCUUCAGUUUUAAUAGAAAUGUUCAGGGAUUCAGUCUGGACCAACCUGAGGCUUUACGCUCUCUUGAUGAAAACAAGCUCCUUCUUGAGACAGAUGCUCCCUACUUCCGUGCAACUGGCCAGUGGUUUUCAGCACCAAAUCAGCUUUUUCAAAUUGCUGAGGGUGUUGCCAAGUGCCGAAACGUACCAGUAGAGCAUGUCCUUGAGGUGAGCUGCAAUAAUGCCCUCAGAUUGUACAGAAUGCAGUAG